AUCGGUCAGUUGACCAAUCAGAGCUUAGAUUCCCGUCUCGAAUGAUAGUGCACGUAUGGCUGAUUUGCAACCCGCUGAAGCAACAGUGGAGAAGAAGAGAAAAUGUCGCUGACUUCAACUCGGACCGUUCUAGGAUCAGUGGCCUCUUAGGGGGAAAAAAAACACACCAGUUCGAAUAAAUCUUCUGCUGUGGUGUCAGGAGUAGUUCCAAGUGUCAAUAAAAAGAAUAUAAAUUGUAAACGAGAGGUGUUUUCUUGAUAAAAACAAAACAGAACUGUUUUUUUCUUUAGCUAUUGUUAUCAGUAUUAAAACUGUAAUAAGAUUAUGUAUCCAGGACUUCAAUAUAAACCAGAGCUAGUACUUAUACCCUCUUAUUUUACUCCUUCUGCUUGAAAAGAAAGAUUUUUGUGAAAAUAUGGACCCCGCUUCCAGGAUGGUGGGUCUGGAUCCCCAAGCAAACAUGGUUUUCACAGUUGUAAAGCCAGUUAUGAGCAUCUUUCAGGUGUCCCCAGAGCAGGGCAACAACAUAUCUCAAAGUGGCAUGGGCAUGCAAAGUUUAUCUGAAAAUGCAUUAGUCCUCCCUCAGCAGGCACAAGGUCAGGCUCAGUUAGAUCAGAACCAUUUGGAAAUGCACAGCACUCAGCCUCAUGUUCAGCCACAGAUGCAGGCUACUGCCCAGCACCAAGGGGAGGAGGUCCCCCAACACCAGGAGGUGUCUGCAAACUCAAGCACAAACUCUGAGUCUAAUACCGAGAUGCCCUUUGCAGAAGUGUCUUCUCUCCUGGAUCCCAACAUGAAAGGAUCCAAAGCUCGAAAAUAUCUCAUCUCGUAUGAUGAAAUUAAAAGACGCCUGCAGGCCCCAGAGAAGAUGUCCCUGCGGUCUCUGGCAGCAUACACUCGGGUCAGCAGAGGCCCAGCCAGCAAGAAAACACUUCUGGAGUCACUGAAUGUCCUUGGCCUCACGCCCAGCACAACCACCGCAGUAUCCUCCUCCUUCUCCAAACUCACUGAAGGUGACACCAGAGCUCUGUGUGAAGAUAUGAAAGAUUUUUCCCACGAUUACAUUGACUACAGUAACAUGGCCAAACAACUCAUCCCUGAGAUGAACACAGUUCAACACUGGUCCAAAAUUAUUGAAACAAAGAACCAUCUCGAGGACAUGAGAAAAUGUUUCAAGGACCCAGUAAACAGCGGCGCGUUUGACAACGUCACUCAUGGCCUCGGUCUCGGAAUGUUGGACGUUGCGUUAGACAUGAUCGUCAUGGUAAUCGAUCAGCAGAUCCGCAUCCUGUCUGGUGCGGCGGCGUCGGACCCCGUCGACUCGGGUCUGCCGUCCCGUCGCAUUCGCAGGCGCCAGCGCAAGCUGCGUUCGUCCGACAACGAGAGAUCUCACAAGAUUUGCGGGGGGAUGAAGGAGCAGGGGAAGAUCGUUUUAAAAAGCAAGGGACGAGCCAGAGACAGGAAGAAGAUGAGGACGGAGUCUGGGAUCUCCGAAGCCGUCGUGUCCCACGCAGAGCAGAGCAAGCCGGAUAAUGKUCAGAGUAACGUCCUCACCCUGGUCUCUGUGGGUUAUGAAACGGUCUCCAGUGGUAUGAAUGUAUCUGGAACUGUUUGACACCUGCUGAACUCGCCAAUUCACACAGCCGAUCUAGGACAAAACACCAGCUARACUAAGCCACUUAAACUCCAAUGAAGAAAACCAAGUGCUCCGUCACACCCUGAUGCAUCUUUUACCGUUUCCAGACUAUCUGAAAAUCACUGGAGAGUAGAUUGAUUUUGACAUAGUAGGAUUAGUUAGUUUGCAGUGGUUGAGUAAAAAGCAUAGAUGUACAGGUGUGUCAUUAAUUACUGGAAAGUUCAUUUCUUUCAUCAUAUUCAUUCAAAAAUAGACGCUUAUGUAAAACUCUUUACACGCAGUGGUGCAUUUCAAACAUUUAUUUCUGUUAUUUUUGAUGAUUACUGAAAACCAAAAUUACUUGUGCUGGAAAAUUAGAACACCGCCUUGGAAAACAAGCAUUCAAAGACUUUGUUUUGCGUCUGCCAUGCAAGCGUCGAGCGAGAUACUUAACAUAACUUUUAUGUGUUUAAAGUCAUUUUUAUUUUCGUUCACCUAAUUCUGAGAGACUGCAUUUUAUAGUUUCAUUCCUUGAAAGCCACAAUGUUUGUGAUAUUUACGUAAAUGCGUACUUAAAAUCCACCUGAAAUAAACGAACUUUUCAUUGAACUUCUUCAGAAAAGUAGCAGCCUUAAAUGUUAGUAGAAAGUUACAUGAUUAAUUAAUCUCAUGAGACAUGAGUGGAAAGCUGUGUAUUAGUACCAAGGUAUGUAGUAGCUUGGUCAAAGACGGUAAUAAGUGGCUGAUCCAGUCACUGAUUGGCUUUGUGUACCAUUAAUGAGAUUUUCCUCUUAGACUUUGAUUGUAUGAAUGUUUGUAGGGAAGCAUUGUUCAGGCUGUUACUGACCAAUACUGACUUAUGGUUUUCUGUGAGGUUGGAGCUGUUGAUUUAGUUUUUUUUGGGGUGGUGGGGGGAUAAGAACUUUCACUAGUAUAAAUUCACCUAAUUUGUCUUCAGUCAACAACUGUACAUACUAAACACUGAUUAUGAAAUAACUAAAAAUGGUCCAAAGGUUAAAAGAUCAGUUUUGAAUCUGAAAGAAACUAAACAAGUUGCCUCUUAUCCCCAUUUAUUUAUUCAGGCAUUGACCUUUAACCUUUAUCUGAUUUUUACUAGCAUGCUGUUAGUUGAUGCAUUUAGAGAUUUAAAAAAUUGGCAUUUAAUAAAAAAAGGAAUUGUAUCUGAGCAGCUGAUGCUCAGAUAACAAUCAAGGGCUUUUCUUUCUUUUUUUUUCCACCUUCUUUGGCUGAUUGACCAGUUAAACCACUAAACUUUUGUUUGGGAUAGAAAUUAAUUUGCCUAGUCUUAGUGACUCUUGUUUUUCAUCUGUCAUUUCCUCUGGGUAUUGUGCAAAACUCUGGGAAAGAUGGUUGUAAUAGCACAUUUUUAUUAUUAUUAUCCAGGUAUAUAAAGAGUAAACAGAAGAAGAAAUCACUCUUUCACAGUUCUGUAAAUAAUCCAAAGAUUCAAACCAUGCAAGGUAGGAUUUGGAAAAACCUACUAGAGUUGUAUGAUUGGUUGUCUCGGUUUAACUGUUUUUACAUAGUAAUAACAUAUUAUUUAAAGCCAGUAAGCCAAUUUCAGAGCAGUCAAACAUGUGAGUUAUUUUCUCUUUGGUGAACUUAAGUGAGUAAAAUGUUUCUUUUAUGUUAUGAUUCCAAUACGACUCAUCUGAAUGUGAGUGCUGGCUUGAGAAUUGCCAGAGAUAAAAAGAUGUAUAUGUUUGCUCUACAUCUUUAUUUAUUGUCUAGAUUAUUAGUUUCUCAGUGGCACUAUAUAUAAUUUUUCAACUUUGAAUAAAAAACAAACAACUUUAUUUG